UGGGCCGGUGACGUGAUGACGCAACACGUUGAGGUAGGAGGGCGGGGGGGAAGGAGAGGACGCCGCCGCCAUAUUGAGAGCGAGCUCGGGACGCACCGGCUCCUGCCCCCCCCUCCCCAAAGCAACAUGUCUGAGACUUACGAUUUCCUAUUCAAGUUUCUGGUAAUCGGCAGUGCGGGAACAGGGAAGUCAUGUCUCCUCCAUCAGUUUAUUGAAAACAAAUUCAAACAGGAUUCAAACCAUACGAUUGGUGUGGAGUUUGGUUCAAAGGUAGUUAAUGUAGGGGGCAAGACAGUUAAACUACAGAUCUGGGACACAGCAGGACAGGAACGUUUCAGAUCGGUAACACGGAGUUAUUACAGGGGAGCUGCAGGUGCACUUUUGGUUUACGACAUUACAAGCCGGGAGACCUACAACGCACUCACAAACUGGCUGACAGACGCCCGGACGCUUGCCAGUCCCAAUAUCGUGAUCAUUCUCUGUGGGAACAAGAAGGACUUGGAUGCAGAUCGAGAGGUCACGUUCUUGGAGGCGUCUCGCUUUGCACAAGAAAAUGAGCUGAUGUUUCUGGAAACCAGUGCGCUGACUGGAGAAAACGUGGAAGAAGCAUUUCUGAAGUGUGCUCGGACCAUUUUAAAUAAAAUCGAAUCAGGUGAGCUUGACCCUGAGCGCAUGGGCUCAGGAAUCCAAUAUGGUGAUGCCUCGUUACGUCAACUGCGGCAGCCUAGAGGUAUGCAGACACAAAACAAACAACAGUGCAACUGCUAGGCACAGUGGCAGGGACCUGAUGCUGCAGAGCUCACAAGAAAGGAGUGCUACAACUCAAUCAGUUUGAUGGAAACUUUAGAACCAGAGGAUGAAGCACUGGCCUUGGCUUAUUUUUCUGGGGGUUGGUGCCUUGCCUUGAGGUCUAAUGAUCCAGAGCUCCUACCUGUACAAUAUAAUGUGUGUCAUCUGCCUGUUUAGUGAGCUAUCCUUACAAUUCCAAUGUUUUAUAUAACUGUAUUCCUUUCAGUUGACCUUCCUAGCCACGUAACUACACAGGGUGCAAAGAGGAACGUAUAAUUUCUGCUUUAUAAAACAAAGUUGAAAGUGCACAUGAGAUGAUGUGAAACAGUUGAUCUCUCUUGUUGGGCUUUUUGUUUGUGAAGUGAUAGUCAAUUCAUAGCAUAUUGGCCGACUCUGUGCAAUAGACUGUAUUCAUCACUGCCACUGAGUAUGUUGAUUAUUCAAAAGUGGCUUUUGUAUAUAGAAUCCAUAAUUUCCCAUAUAACAUAACCAUAAUGCUACUGGCUCAAUGUAACUUUUAAUUUAACUUUCUUAACCAGGUACAUGUUCAUUUGGUCCCAGUCUGUGUCCAGUGUUGGUCAACACAUCCUUUUUGCACUGGAUGACUGGUCCGUUUGCUCUUAUUUCAAUCACCAAAGCCUGUUCUGGUUUGUGUUUUAGUUAUCUGCCUCCUAAUCUACAAUACUCCUUCCCUCACCUCAAGCUAUCUUGAUUGUCUCCUGACAUCCCACUUGACUUAUAUGUAGGAGUAACAGUGCAUUUUCUCUGGAGAGUUUUGCAGCCGGUCUCUCGGUAUUCCCUUUACUUCUGCCUCACUCCAUUACCCUCUCCGUGCCUCGUGAGGGAGCUUAGGAGAAUACAGAGCCGGAGAUACUCCACUCUUCCCCUCAACCCUGCUUCACAAUGCCGUUAGAUUGUAGCUAGCCCAUACUGUAGAUCUAUUUAGUUGCCUUUGCUCCACAUCCCUCCAAACUUCUACGCAACAAAAAUCUGAUAGUCACUCUUUGGUUUUGAUUGACCCAGCAUCCACAGCCUUGGGAGGAUAGUGUUCCAGAUUCCCACCUUUUUUUGUGGGAUGGGGAAAAAGAGUGUUUCCGACUUGGAGGCAGGUAUUCGUGGAGAGGGUUGCAGUUUGAGCAGAGAACUCAGGUGAGGGGAGUGCCCAUCUUCACCCCCCUCCUGUGUUGUAUUGUCUUCCUUUCCUGAUUUGGUUACAAACGGAAGCUAGAAGUUCAGAUCCUGUUGCUGUUCUGGUAUCAGGGUGUUAAACCCUACCACCACUCAUUUCCUGUCUGGGUCAUUGGAGGUGAAUCCCUUUCCAAUGCCGCCUCAUUCCCCCUCAUAAAAUGCCAGCUGGUCAAAUGCUUUGGUAACCCAGUCUAAAUAUUUAAUGCAUUUAAAAGGAAGUCACCUUGAUACCCUACAGCUAAUGCAAUGUUUGUAACUCCUUUUACUGUGUUGUUAAACCUUGGAGCGUUAACCAAAUGCUCUUCGCCACGAAAGCAACUGACUGAGUAAAUCUUGACUCAUCAAGUUGUUGAGCCCAAAGCUGAUAGGAAGAUUCUGUCCACUGGGACCAGAGCAGCUUCAGGCUGUGCAAAGUGGCAGAUUUGGGUCCAGCUUUUGCUUUGAGAGCUGUUGCAUCACCUAUCAUACAUCUCUCUCUAUCUGUCUGUCCCUCCCCACCCAUCCAUCCCAACCGGGCCAAGAAUUGACAUUGCUGUAAGUUCCUUUCAGACUUCAACGUGAGCCUGAUUGUUCCUUGAAUAAUAAUCCUGCUUGCGGAUUGAGUAACAGGCUCGUGUUUCAAAGGAAGUUUUGUAAUGGUUGUUACUUUGAUGCAAUGGUCAUGUUGCAUUAGCCCUCGAUGUAUCAAUCCAAAUAGUCUCCCAAAUACCCCCGCCCUGGAAAAAACACCCUCCAUCAUUGAGAUUUCAUUUAUCAGGCAAUUUCUCUCAAGACUCUACCACAAUAACAGCAUGGCCUGCAUGGGUUCUGAGACAGCAGUGAACAGUAGGUUGGAGCUGUAAAUACAUUUGCACUCCCAAUUAGUAGAUUCAUGAACUAUUAAUCAGGCAGAACCAAGGACCUAUCAACUCUUGUCUGAACAGUUAGUCUGUACUGUGAGCUGGAGUUCCUGCACCUGAUCACUAUGCGCUGUGUCCUCAGUUUGCAAACAGCAGGAUUGAACUUGACUGUGGUAGUAAUUCCCUCCGCCUCAAUCCAAGGUCAUCUUUGAGAUUGGGGAUAUAUGUACUGACUACAUUUUGCCUGUAUUGUUUGCACAUUCACUGAUUGUUUUGUAAAUGUCCUUCCCGUUCUUUCCAAGGUCACCUUUAACUUAAUGUCCUCAUUUGUUUCUGACCCUUGGUCAUAGAGCAGUUAUAUUCCUUCCCAGGUAGGGAACAUCAACAAUUGAACUAUUGUGUGAUGCUUCUUGAUUACGGUCUUGCCCUAUCAUUUAUCUGUCCCUAAUGCUUUCCCCAGUAGAGCAAUACAUCAAGUGCUGGACCUUGGUCAGGAUACCAAGUUUGAGCUAAUGUGAGUUGAAAUUCGAGAGGUUUGUCAAUAAGUAUGCCAAAGUUCUACAGAACUGUGCUGCUCCCCGAUGUGUAGUGUCCUGUAUGACUUUAUUCCAUACAGUACUGUUUUACAACUUUAC